CCACCGUUGACCGAUGUAUGAUCAAUUACCGAUUCGAUGUUCAAUGAUGAAUAAGAUCGUAGUCAGGUUCUAGAAACACAUAUUCAAGUUGAAACAAGCAACUGGACAGCCAAUCAUCACCCUUGGCGGCUAGAUCCCAUCUGACGCACGAACUACCAGGUAGCCAUACGACACUACGCUACGCUACGACACGCAUGCGCUCAGCGCGCAUAGCCUCCUUACUCCUAAAUACAUUAAAUACAUCUGGAGUUGAUGGUCAAACGCCGUUCGGAUUUGUCCUAGUCUUAAAUUAAACGUUCUGGAGCAAAGGAUCGUCUCCGCCGCCUUUGUUUUCAUGUCAACCAAAGCGACUUGCCCAUUUUGCUCAAAACAAUUCUUCGAAUAUGCUCUGCUAGUACACAUAGAGAUACAACAUUGCGAAGAAGAGAAAUCACCGUUCAUCCCUGAUGAGGGUUUAGAAGAGGCGGAUCUUGAGGAAUUUUCGGGAUUAGGAUCAGGAUCGGGGACGCAAAAGAAAGUUGAUGAGAAAGUUGACGAAGACGAGUUCACGGAAUAUUGCGAGUGCCCCGUUGAAGACUGCGGCGAAAUGAUGCCCCUCAACCACCUGCAGAACCAUGUCGACAUGCAUGGUUACGAGUAUGGCCAACAUGGUUUCCCCGAGGAUUAUUCCGAGGAAUCAACCCAGCCAAGUGCCGAUGAAUUGACGUCGGAUAGCGAUUACCUCCAGACGUCGGCCGAGCAUACGCCAAGCUCAACCCCGGGACCUGCCGAGGCCGCCCUCAACGGUCCGGGCGGUGCUCCGUAUAACUGGAGGAAACACUUGUUGACACUCCCUCAUAGACCAAGAAACCAGCUGCCGCUUCAGAUUGCUGAGGGAUUUCAGGUCAAGCAAGUUAAGAGACUUGGUAAAAAGGAACUCGGAACAUACCACAAGGAGGAGAGUAUGCCGGAUUGGCUUUUCAGCUUGAUAACCAGGCACAAAUACAAAAGCUCGCAAGACACUAUACCCGUCCUUGCGCAAUACAUACAGCAGAGCUCAAAGACACAAUACGCGUAUCUCUGCAAUCCAGCAACUCAGCAUAUCACCAAGUUAAGGAGAGAGGGUGGGUUCUGUGGUUACAGAAACAUCCAGAUGCUAGUAUCGUACAUCAUUGGGACGGGUGCACAAGGUGCCGCAGCUUUCGGAUACGAAAUUCCAACCAUCUUCCAGAUCCAAGACUUCAUCGAGGAUGCUUGGGAUCGUGGUAUUCAUCCGGAUGGUAGAAUAGAACUCGGGAACCUUAGACGCACCCGCAAAUAUAUAGGAACGCCAGAGGCAUCAACGCUCUUCCAGAGCCUAGGUAUACAGUGGGGGUAUACAGGCCUUAAGAAUAAGGAGGGUGAUGCGCCAACGGCUUCCGAACAUAGACUAUACGACUAUGUCGAGAAUUAUUUCUCGUCAUGCCCUGGUGUCAAGACGCGAGGCACCGUCCGCAACACAACUCGGCCGCCACUUUACUUUCAACACCAAGGCCAUUCUAUGACUAUCAUCGGAAUAGAACGAACAGCUAAAGGCACCCGAAACCUCCUGGUCUUCGACCCGUCUUACCAGGACCCCACAAGCAUCACCAAGUACAUCGGGCGCAAGGUCGAUCAUCCCCGCGCUCACAUGGACGAUGUGCUCAAAUUUUACCGCCGUGGCCCUAAGUACCUGGCGGCAUAUCAGCAUUUUGAGGUUCUUCAUUUAAAAUGAUGUGGCGAAGGCCUCCUGUAUUCUUUUCUGGUUACUAUCCGGCGCUUGGGUUUGUGGCUUCGAUGCUCAUUUGCCUGUUUGGGACUCAUUGGCGUUUUGAGGAGAGUAAGAGAAUGAUCGCGAAGGGAGUCUGGGGUAGCAGUGUAAAGUAAACGUCAAACAGUUGAUGAGAUACAUUUGAACAUAAGUAUUUUAGAACCUUGAUAAUCUCUUAAGAAACAUCAUGUCUA